AGUCACCGUGCAGGGAGCACGGAGGAAGCUCGACUUCUCAGGUUCAUCUGUCUAUCCAACAAUCAUGAAGGCUGUUGCUCUGAUCCUUGCUCUGGCAGUCAUCACUGGCUGCAAUGCCCGUGCUGUGCGCCAGGCUGAUGCCACCCCAAGCUGGGAGGACAGCGUGAAUCGCUUCUGGCAAUACGUGUCUGACCUGAACCAGAAAGCCGAUGGAGUCGUGCAGGACCUCAAGGCCUCUCAGCUCAGCAGGGAGCUAGACACUCUGAUCACUGACAGCAUGGCAGAGCUAACAGCGUACAAAGAUGAAAUCCAGACCAAGCUGGCUCCCUACACCGACGUCUCCACCGGCCAGCUGACUCAGGACCUGCAGCUCCUGACCAACAGGCUCCAGAAGGACAUGCUGGAUGCCAAGGAGCGCAGCACUCAGUAUCUUGGUGAGCUCAAGUCCAUGGUGGAGCAGAACAGCGAUGAUGUUCGCGGCCGCAUCAGCACCUACACUACCAAACUGAAGAAGCGCCUGAACAAGGACACUGAGGAGAUUCGCAACACUGUGUCCACCUACAUGGGUGAGAUCCAGUCCCGUGCCUCUCAGAACAUGGACAGCAUGAAGGAGCAAGUUGAGCCCUACGUCCAGCAGGUCAGGGAAACCGCCAGCCAGAAGAUGACCGACAUCUCCAGCAUUCUCAAGACCCAGGCUGAGGGCUUGGGCCAGCAGCUGGAGACCCAGGCUGAGGGCAUCAAGACCCAGCUGGAGGCCACCGCUCAGGAGCUGCGCACCUCCCUGGAAGGCAAAAUUGACGAGCUGACCGAGUUGAUCGCCCCCUACGCCACCCAGAUCCGUGAGCAGAUUGAGAAUGUCAUGGAAAAGGUCAAGGAGACCACCACCUCUUAGAGAAAGACUCUGAUUUCUAAAUACGCGGGCAGAGGGGGGGGGGGGGGUUGGGGGUUGAGAGUUACUGAUGAUAUGUUCAUGUGGGUGAUUUGUUGUCCAUGAUAAGGGGGUUGAUGA